AUGUCAAAGGCAUGCCCGGUUGCAACACCAGCUAGCGGUGCCUCUCGCCCUGAUGGAUGCGGCCUAACCCUUCGCUCGGUCUAUUGUCAGUCAUAUGGGAUACAAUUGAAGUUCAGCUCAGUCGCACACCCCCAAACCAACGGCCAGGUCAAAGUGAUGAAUCAAGCAAUCAUGGAAGGCCUCAAGAAGAUAAUCUCGGGUGCACGCGGGGCCUGGGUGGAUGAGCUCCCCAGCGUCUUAUGGGCGAUGCAGAUGACCCCCAAAACUACCUCGGGAGAGUCUCUGUUUAGCUUAGCAUUCGGAACCGAUGUAGUACUUUCACCCGAAAUGGAGUUCCCGACCUUACGCACCAUCGUCUACAAGCAGGAUGACUCUGAGGAAGGCCUAUGGGCAAACUUGGAUCUCAUUGAAGAGAAAAGAGCCGAGGCACACCUACGCACCCUGGCAUACAAAAAGGCCAUGGCUCGGAUCUACAACCGCAAAGUUCAGCCACGACCAAUCAAGGUCAGGGACCUCGUCCUUCGAAAAGCUGAAGUAAGCGACCCGACCUGA